AUGAAGCUCAUUGCGUCCUCCAAGCUAUUCAACCUACGAUUUAGUCCAAAGAAUUUCCCCCCUCCCGUCGCCAACCGAUACAUCGGAUCCCGCACCCAUCCCAUUCGGCCUAAGAUUCUUCACAUGUACGAGAACCGAGAUCCAAGAUCAUUAUGGUGGUACUUGAGUAAUCAGAGAACGAUGCCGUACACGAAAGUGGUUCGGUCGUGGUGUAUGCGAAGAACUCGGGAAGCGUUUCGACAAGCAUUAAGAGAACGGGGAUUUAAUGCCGAUGGGAGGAGGAUAGCCACGGAUCCUAGAGGAACUGGGACACCCGUUGAUGGAUAUGAUUACCUGCAAGGGUCUGUUGAACUUAGCAUCUCUCCGGAGAUCGUUCGGGAAAGCUAUGCUACAGUUAAGGCGGAGAUGGAUUCGAUUGUGGAUGGCAUGUUACAAAACUGGCAUACAGAGUGGACGAAAGCGAUGGUCAAGAGUCAGUCCAUAAGAGGACAUUCAUAA